UUUUAAGUGGAAAUGUGAGCUCAAGCCGCCCCCUCUUUUCCACACAGACAAGCUACAAAGAACCAACUCCACCUUUUCUUCCUCCUCCCUUUCACAACUCUCCUCUCCCUCUCUCCCUGCCUUUACUCUCUCUCUCUCUCUCUCUCUCUCUCUCUCUCUCUCUCUCUCUCUAACCGCUCCUCUCUUCCAUCUCUUUCCCACUCCUUCCAGGAGUGGUUGCUUUUUGAUCUGCUGAACUUUUCUUCCCAAUUCCUAGAAUGAUCACCUUCGUCUUCCUCUCUCCUUGUUCCUCUUGAAUCACUUGUUGUAUCUCUCUUCCCUCCAACAUAUAUAAUAUAGUCUCCUCCUCUCUUCCCUUAAUGGACUCAGCCAACAGUAGCAGCCUUCACUCCUCCAGUGGUGGAGGCGGUGAUGAUGAGUUUGAUUCCCGCACCGGCUCCUUUUCCGCCUUCUUCCACUCCUCCACUGCAACCUCCGCUAGCGCUGCAUCCGCCCUUCGACCAGCACCGCCACCCUCUUCCUCCUACCCCCGCAGCCACCACUUCCUUGACUCCCUCUCCAGCAUCGACUCCACCCCUCUCCUCCCCCCCUCCCCCGCCGCCAUGGCCUCUCAUGGUGUCGGCUUCGGUGUCAGAGUGGGUCCCUCGUCGGUGCAACCACUUGGUCAGUCAAACGUCGCCGCCGCCGCAACCGCACUGACGAGGGGCUCCAAGAAACGUUCCAGGGCAUCGCGGCGAGCCCCGACGACGGUGCUCACAACCGACACCUCCAACUUCCGCGCCAUGGUGCAAGAAUUCACCGGCAUCCCCUCCCCUCCCUUCGCCGCCUCCCCGUCCUCCUCCUUCGCCCGCGCUCGUCUCGACCUCUUCCACUCUGCCACUGCCUUCCGUUCCUGCUCUGACCCUCCGCCGCCAGUCUCGUCUUUCCUGUUCCCUCGCCCCUUCAUGCAACAGGUUCUGUCCCCUUCUCUCGUUCCCAUCUCUUCUGCUUCCUCUGCUAAUGCUAGUGCUACUAUCUCCAAUGCUAUUGCUGCAACUAGCAAUACUAUCUCCAAUGCCCAUUCUACUACUAGUAAUAGCAUCAAUCCAUCUAGUAGCAAUAGCUACCAGCUACCUUCGUCUGUACUUGGCCUUGCUAGCCAAAACCAACAUCUUCUCGACCCAAGCCUUACAAUCCAACCGCUCCUCCAACCUUCGUCUGCACUUGGCCUCGGUAGCCAAAGCCACCCUCUUUUGAACCCAAGCCUUACGUUCCAAUCGCUCCUCCAACCUUCACUUCAUGCAAAGAGCAACCUGCCUGCCAUGCCAGCAGACUUGGACACCAGACCUCUAACCAGAGGGCACGCCGGUUAUGCUUUGAACGAGCUCGGACUCCCAACGAGGCUUGCCGCAUCCCAAGGCACGCACUCGGUCCAUGCUGCUGUGUCAGGACAGGACGGCGGCAGGGAUCGAGCAUCACCAAGGCCGAUACUCAUCGGUAACUACAGUUCUGGCUCACACCAAAGAGUGAGCAGUAAUCACAAGGCGAACUACUCCCGAUCGAGUUCGUCGGAGUUCAAUGCGGAGAAUGUGACAGACGGCGUUACGGCGAUGAGGGGCGAAGUGAUGCAUGUACUUCUUUGAUACUUGUCGUAGAACCCUAGGGAGGGAGAUGGAGAUGAGAUGUAGAUUACGGACUCGGUUGCAGCUCAAAAUGAGGAUCGGCGCACUGGAUGGGCGCGUCUUCCGGCGAGAUUUAAGGAACUGGUAGCCGCUGAAUUCUUUGAAAUCCACAACAGGAACACCUCCAAGCCAUUAAAGCCUACGAGGCAAAUACUAUAUCCUCUUUAGAAGCUAUUACUCCACAUGAGGUUCCACUGAUAUGCCGUCCAAACCUAAUAAACAACAGCGCUGACAACAAACGUGUUUGCAGUGUCAACUUAAAGAACAAGAAUUGAAAGGCUCCCUAGCUCGAUGCCCUCUCUCACCCAAAAGGAAUUUAAUAAGGCCAUAGAAAGGUCUGUGAUUGCUAUGUCGAUGUCAAGUAAUCAGCCAAAGUGGUUUCUGCCUACUUGCUUGUCUACUCAUCUGUCGCCAAGGAAAAGUAUCAAUGGCUAUAGUCAUGCCUUCAUGUAGAGAGCUGUGUGGCACAGUUCUACGAGGAGAUGAGGAGGUUGUGGAAGACCCGGCACAGGGGGAAAAGGUGAGUAAUAUGAUAUUGAACACAGCUGAUUGAUUGACUAAAGUGGGAAUGGUUAAAAAAGAUGUGGUUUUGGGAUAUAUUGGGUGGCCUUUUGAGGUGUGAUGUGACAUGCUUUGAAAUCAUGAAUGGCCCAUGACAGGAAAUAACCAGUUCCUUAGCAAUGAUGACUUCCCAUUCCUCUGAAACUCAUGUGAGGGAGGCUGCACUGGGAGGGCCUCCCUCUUCCUCCCUUCUUCCCACUGGGGUUAGAAUACCUACAAUUCAGAGCCAACCAGAAAGAAAUAAAGCUUUUCAGCAUCUCGAAAGACUGGCAAGUGGCAACCACACUCCACUCACUGGUAGCAUGUUGUGUCAUUUUCCAAUGUUUGGUGGCACAGCAAAUUAACAGUAUAUAUUUUCUGUGCCAAAAAACCCUUGUUCUUCAGGCAAAUUUCAUAGUGAGUCAAGAACUAGGAUGCAUGGAAAUUAAACUUUGUGUUGCUGCGGGUAUGUUAUACAUGGUAUGAGCAUGGAUAUGAUUAAGUUUUUUCAGAGAUUUCACUGUAUGUUCUGCUACAUAUAAUGCAGUCCAGAAGAGCAGAAGCUCCAAAGGGCACAUUGUAAGAUCA